AUGAAAUUCUUCGCAGUCGCCAUCUUGACUUUAAUUAUCGACAAAUCUAUUCUUGUGCUGUCUGCGAUCACACCAUAUGAGCGUUACAUGGAGCCUAAACUACCAAUAUUAGACGAUAAAUUCAAUCUAUUCUGUCCACUGACCUUACAUUUGUUUCCCGGAUUCAUCCGAAUAAAGGCGGAUGCAGCAUUCCAACUCAAUAAAAACCCCAAUACCAGACUACCAGAAUAUAAACAUCCAAGAUUUCCUGGCCAGAUUCUCUAUACUUACGCGUUGAAUGAUCCUGUAUCCAUUCAUCUAGGGAUCCAGGCUCAAAAUCAUAUGGUCAUCGAUUCUGCAGGGUUUUUUUUGGACGCAUUCACUAGAUCUCAAAGCAAUGAAGUGAAAGUUGAUAAACCCUGUCUGUUCUCGCAGUCAACCAGUUUCGGCUCUUAUUACGAUGCUCGAUUCGUAUUCUAG